AUUAAUAUUAUUUUAAUAACAUAUAUAUGACAACUAUACCACUAGUUUUACUUUUGAAGGACUUUUGCUUUUAAUGGAGUGAUUUUUAUGCUGGUAUUGUUACUUUUACUGAAAAGAUCUCAACUGUCCUCUUUUCACCGCUAAUCAUGGGGUACCAUUGAAAAAGUUUUCAGGGUGGUUAUGAGACGUUCAUGUACGUCAAAGUAUUUGCAUUAAGGGGGCGUGGGACACGAGACGGGACAUGACGUCAGAUUCUGCAGUACAUAAACAUACUACCCACCUCACGCGCCAUCUUCUAGCUAGUAACCGACCAGAAUAAAACACUGUUUAACACCUCAGUGCAGUUUGUUUCUUUAAAAAUACUCGGUUGUAUUAGCUAUACUGAACAAUGAGUGACACUGAGGAUGGAAAUUACGAAGGACGGGUUAUUGAUCGUGAAGGAUUUGAAGAGUUUUAUCCAAGAAUGAUGAAGAAAAUUUUCAAGAUAAAAGAAGGCUAAUGAAAACAUGUACAGAGCAGAACAUAGAAGUGGAAAGGGAGGAAAUGUGACGGAAGAAUGGUGUCAGAUAGAAGCGCUUGCAGUGUAAUGGCUAAAAUGAAACUGGUUUCAGUUUGGGUGAAGAGAGGAAAAACAGACCUGGAAUCAGAAAAUGAGAAAACUGAAAAAAGAAGAAUGAAGAAGGAUAGAAAUCCUGAGAGAAGGGGGUAGCGUGUAAAGAAUCUGGAAGAAUGAAUGUGUCCCUAGGGGUCACGCUCCCCAUCUAAAUCGGAUCGUGGGAGUCCAGCUCGGGUCAAGUCGGAGAGCAGGUCCGGCUCCCCGAGCCCAUCCCGGGCCUCCAAGCACUCUGAGUCCAGAUCACGCUCUCGGUCAAAAUCUAGGUCUCGCUCUAGGCGGCACUCAAACCGCCGCUAUAGCCGUUCCCGCUCUCGGUCCUAUUCCCACCGGAAGAAGUCCCGCUCUCGUUCCUACAGCCCCGAAUACCGCCGCAGGAGAAGCCAGAGCACUUCCCCUAUGUCCAACCGGCGCCGUCACACUGGCAGCAGGAGCCAUGACUUCACAAAAGAAGCAUGCAGUCAUGGCGGUGAUGCUGAUGUUAGGGCGAACCCUGACCCGAGCACAUGUUUGGGGGUGUUUGGCUUGAGCCUGUACACCACAGAGCGUGACCUGAGGGAGGUGUUUUCGCGCUAUGGUCCUCUGGCAGGGGUCAAUGUGGUGUACGACCAGCGCACAGGUCGCUCCCGUGGCUUUGCCUUUGUUUACUUCGAGAGAAUUGAGGAUUCCAAAGAGGCAAUGGAGCGAGCCAAUGGCAUGGAGCUGGACGGGAGGCGCAUUAGAGUGGAUUAUUCCAUUACCAAGCGUCCCCAUACCCCCACACCAGGAAUCUACAUGGGCCGACCAACUCAUAAUGGUGGCAGUGGUGGUGGUGGCGGCGGUGGUGGCGGCGGCGGUGGUAGCAGCAGGAGGGGGAGAGACUCAUACUAUGACCGUGGCUAUGACCGCUAUGACAGAUACGACGAGUAUGACUAUAGGUAUAGUCGCAGGCGCUCUCCAUCACCCUACUACAGUCGAUACAGGUCUCGCUCACGGUCUCGCUCCUACAGCCCACGGCGAUACUAAGUUCCUUCUUUCAACGUUCAGCUUCCCUCCAAUAAUUGAUGGUGUGUGAUUCAUCAAGGUGUUUCUGAGGGGAACAUUUUGAAUUAGCAUGUCUAUAUCAACAGAACUCUUAAGUUUGAGAUAGUUCUUGUUUACAUGCAAUAGAUGUUUUAAUUUUAGACGUUAUGAUGCAUCUGUGUUGAGUGUGAGCAAAGAACUCAGCAACUGUUGGUUACUGUUGCUUCAUUAUAGACUUGCAUCCUUCCUUACCUCUUAGUUGUCUGCAGCAAUGAUACCUUUUUUUCUGUCAAGUGUUGGUAAAUGAGAUUUAUUGCACUGAUCACUGUUAACGCGGUCCUUGUAAUGAUGGGGAAAUAAAACUGGCUUUUAGUAAAUAAUGGUGACGCUUAAUUUUACAACCUGUAUUAAGUAAAUAUAUAUAAGAAUACACUCAAAUGAUAACAGAUUAAUCUCAAUGUUAAUUAGCCCUAACUGAGUUUGCUGGUAAGUAGCAGGUAAAUCGGGCUGUAACAAGAAGCGUUACCAGCAAUCAGAGGUUGGUUCUCUGCUCACAUUCAGAGUCACUGUUGGUUUUUUUUUUAGUCAUCAUUUGAGUUUCUCCAGAGUUUUAUUAUCAUGUAUUACAUUUUUUUUAUUGUUUCUUUGUAUGGAAAUACAAAUAUAUGAAAACUCCAAA